AUGGAAUCGGAUGGUAGUGGGCCAGUGGAUCUGGAUGCUGCGUUUGCAACGGGGGUCGAGGACCCUGUGUCGCUUUUGACCCUGUUGGAGUUGUCUAUUGAGCAGUCGAGUGCAGGGGACAGUGGCGAGGAACAACAGGAGUUCCUGCGGAAGUUGCUGCAGCUGUUGGAGGAUCAUCCGAAGGUGACUGCGGUGAUCAGUUGGGACUUGCCCAACCAAUUGAUGAAGUUUUUGGUGCCAAGGAACGUCGCGCUGCACAAGAAUCUGCGGUCGAUACCGAUUGUCAGCCCACUGAUGAGGUGUUUCCUCGUGGUGGCGGUGAGUGGGGACCCGAGGGACACGCUGCUGUGUGCCUGUACGCUCUUUGAAGGCGUGUCGGCUGAUGAUGAGAUCAACCGGUACAUUACGUGGGAAAGGGCGUCGAAGACCGCUGAUGCAGCAAAGAGUAGUCAAGAGGUGAAAGCUGACGGUGACAGUGACGGAGACGAUACAUCCGUGUCUCUGGAGCGGUCCCCCGGGGACCUCUUUGUUGGGUUGAAAUUGCACAUCCUGUUUGAGCUGGUCACUGCUGCUUUGAAGCGGAUUAAGACGCUAUACCCGUCCAAAUACCUUGGUAUGACUGUCUUUGCGAUAGAGAAGGCAAUCACCAAGAACUCGGGUCUCUUGCAGGAUCCUAGUAUUAUCCUGCGCCGUGGGUAUUCCUUCUGCCGGAACUACGAGCCGACGGCACCGCCAAGGGAAGUUAUACUGACUAACGACGCCAAGUUGACAGAGGAUGAGUUGCACAGCACCAUCGAGAACGAGUUGGAGUUACAAAGGAGGCUGUUGAGGAGGUUGUGUACGAGUACCGUCGGCGAAGGGUUGAAGUCUACAACGGAUAGGAGCGAGGUGAAGUAUUAUUACAAGCUUUGCAAGAAGCGAGAGCCCCGGGCGCCCUUCUACGAGCUUCUUGUCGACGUGAAGUCCCGCCUGUACGAUCUGGCGAACUCGUUCGAUAUCUCUUUGAAGGAUGAGUUAGUGAACUGUAUAGCGGAGUCGAAGAAAGUGUACGGUGCCGUGCCGCAGGUCUCUGCCGUGCGGAGCAAAGAGGCUCGGAAGCUGAUCGAGAAGCAAGUCUUGAAGUUGUCCCUGUCGCAUCAAUUGCAACGGAUGACGAAGGACUUGAGUAUGCAAUUGAACAUGCGAGGAAUUGUGGCUCUGUCGAGCAUCUUCUACCUUGUCGAGGACGAGCACUUGUACCCGGAGAUGCACCUGAGCGACGCGGUGUACUUGUACCUAUGGUUCGUCUCCCCAGCGUUGCUAUCCAAGGCUAACGAAAACCUUUCCGUGGAGGGCGCGAUCCGGUACUUCAUGUGGGUAUCUGUGACGCAGCAUUCGUGUUCGGAGUUGCGCGAGGACUUGUACCAUGUGUCUGGGAUUGUUCUAGCUGCCUUUUUCCGGUGUCUUCUGCUGAGGUGCUGUGCGGAGAGGUCUGCGAUGUCACGGUCUCUCGGGUUUACUCUGUUGACGCGACUUCUGUGCUCGUGCCCUGAGAAGGUAUCGUUUGCUUUCAUAGUGGACACUUUACAGUCCUUCCCCUACAUGCAAGGUAGAACUUUUCUCCUGGGUGUGUUGCGAGAUAUGUUCCUUACUGCGUUACCUUCUGGGAGUUUCAGUCGUGAAGACAAGAGCGAAACUGUGGUACAGGACAAAUCCGUGAACCAGGACGAUCUCUCUGCGAAGUUAUCCCAGUUGGAAAUUGGCAUUGGGUGCAGUACAUUCAUGAAUCUCACUAGAGAAAGGAUGGACGUGCUGACCGAUUUAAUGGUUGACUCUGUGGAUGCACUUUCGCAAGCUAGUGACCCUCAAAUCAGUUUUGUAGAGCACUUCCCCGACUUCAUCACCCCGUUACAAGGGCAAUGGGACCCUUCACUGUUUGAACGGGUUAUUGCGAAGCUGCGAGAGUUGACCGACCACAGGACAAUCCAAGAUAAACUGGAUAAACUUGAAUAG